AUGGCAUUUAAAGGAUCAGCUGCUGAAGCAUCAAAAAGAAUAGCUGAGUUAGAAGCAGAGAAGAGGAUCAACGCAGAAAAUAUGGUCGUCCGAGAAUCAGAGGAGAAGAAGAGAACAUUGAACUCUCUAGCACAUGGUGAUAUUCGGUACAGGAAGUACUCGAUAGAAGAGAUUGAAAUAGCCACUGAAAACUUUGCGGAGAACCGGAAGAUUGGAGAGGGUGGCUAUGGUCCCGUGUUUAAAGGCUUUCUCGAUCAUACACCAGUUGCCAUCAAGGUCCUUCGUCCUGAUGCAGCUCAAGGAAGAUCACAGUUUCAGCAAGAGAUUGAAAUCCUGUGCUGUAUUCGACAUCCAAACAUGGUCCUCCUCCUGGGUGCCUGCCCAGAAUUCGGUUGCCUCGUCUACGAAUACAUGGCCAAUGGGAGCCUCGAAGACCGACUAUUCCGGCGAGGGAACACGCCCCCCAUUCCCUGGCAGCAACGGUUCGUCAUAGCUGCGGAAAUUGGGACGGGACUUCUCUUCCUCCAUCAGACAAAGCCAGAGCCACUGGUCCACCGAGACCUAAAGCCGGCAAAUAUACUCCUAGAUCGCAACUAUGGAAGUAAGAUUAGUGAUGUUGGCCUUGCCCGUCUAGUCCCCCCAUCUGUGGCCGACACUGUCACCCAGUAUCACAUGACCUCCACUGCUGGCACCUUCUGCUACAUUGACCCAGAGUACCAGCAAACCGGUAUGCUUGGGACAAAGUCUGAUGUUUACUCCCUCGGCAUCAUGCUACUGCAAAUUAUUACUGCGAAGCCUCCCAUGGGGCUGACACAUCAUGUGGAGCGAUCUAUUGAGAGGGGGACGUUUAAGGAGAUGCUGGACCCUACAGUGCUUGACUGGCCUGUUGAGGAGGCCUUGUCUUUGGCCGAAGUGGCACUCAAGUGUGCAGAGCUGAGGAGGAAAGAUCGCCCUGACCUCAGCAAAGUCGUACUGCCAGAGCUCAACAGGUUGAGAGGAAUUGCCGAGGAUAAUAUGCAACCCUACAUUAUGGGAAUCAACAACAACUACACACAGCCGAGGCAUAGCCAGGUCUCUGCUCAGGACAUGUUGAGUGGGCCCUUGGCAGGACAAUCUGGAUAUGAUAGCGGACCAAGUUCAUCAUACACGACUGGAAAAGCAACGAGCGACGUAUGAGAAGAUGGUGGAGAGAAAAAACAGUUCGGCAAGCAAGAAGAGAGUUGAUAAUCAGAGCACCUUAAUUUGAACGUUCCGUGUGUCCGUAGUACCGUCGCUUAUUCAAGAGGGAAGAGGAAUGUACCAAUCUGUAUCAUCUAGCUAGAUUGUAGACAUUUGCAAACUAGCUGAUGAAGGGGGUUAUUGAUAAGUUCAGUUUUCUGCCCCAAACACACAGCUGUUUAAACAUAAAUAUAUAUCGUUUUCUCUAAUAAAUGUUUCCAUGGGCAGCAUUUCAUGUACAUCUAAUUAAGAACAUCUAGCUAGAUUUUAUAUGUAAUCAAAUUAAAAAAAAUGAAAUAAGGAAGAGUAAGAAUUAUUUAAUUCCGGUUUAUAUAUGCAGCCACUCAAGGCGUUGAGCGCUCCGCUAGUCACAACAACGAUGUUCUCUCAUUUGAUGAAUAUGUUGUUGGAGUUGAGGAAGCGGGAUGGAUUGAGAAUGGAGGAAAUAGGAGGGAAAAUGAGAAGAGGCUAAAAACUUGAAGAAACUUUGUAUAAAUUGCUUCAAAGCUUAUUUACA